UAUCUAUAAAUCUCGGGUGCAGUCAGUUGAAAUACGUUAUCAGUUUAAUCCCCUUUUAUCUAAACCAUAGAGUACUCUCCUCUGAUCUGACCUAAUGUGACAAUAAUUCUUAUAGAAGUGGACUUCUACCUAUGCAUUUAUUUAUCAUCUAUGACAAUUUAUGUUCUUAUUUUUAUCCAUUCGUGUCCACUAUCCAGUUUUCAGUCCAGUUCUUUUUAGUCCGUGGUGUGUAUUGCUACUUCGUGAGUUUAUAUUCUGUAGACAAGUGUAAAUUGAUUACUUAGUGAUAAACAAAAAUUAUCGUAUUAUACUAUUAAAAUAUUCUUGUGCAUUAACGUUGAUGUAAAUCAUUGAAUUCAAAUUUUAUAUAUGUAGCUUGUACAUAUAUUUAAACAUAAAAAAUGGCUAGUAUCAAAAUUGCAAUACUGGGAUUUUUCGCUCAAUUUAUAUUAUUACUCUCUAUUUUUGACAUUUAUUUCAAAUCACCAAUUAUUACUGGUAUACCAGACCAACAAAUUGAUUAUGAACCACCGGCUGAUCGUUUAGUACUGUUUGUUGGGGAUGGUUUACGUGCUGAUUCGUUUUACGAUUACGUCGAUGGAGAUAGUAUAUAUUUUAAGUAUGGCACUAAAUUUAGACCAUUAUUUUUUUAAUACAAUUUAGGUAAAAUAUAAUAGUUUAUACCUAUUAUAAUUUAUAGGAAUUUAUUGAAAACCAGCGCAACAUAUGGUAUUUGUCACACUCGUGUGCCUACAGAGUCACGUCCUGGACACAUAGCUCUUAUAGCUGGGUUUUAUGAAGAUCCUUCUGCUAUUUUUAAAGUAAUAAUAAUUUUAAUUUUAUUCAUAAUAACUUCAUUUAGGUAUAAAUAGUAAACUGUUAUUAAUAUAGUUUGAAUUUUAUUAAAUUUAAGUACCUACCUACUCACAGAAAAAGUAUUUAAAAUAAUAUAAAAUUAACUUACUUAUGGUUUAAAUUUUUUUUGUAUAUUAUGUAUUUAUUAAUUGUUUUAGGGGUGGAAAGAAAAUACUGUUGAAUUUGAUUCAGUUUUUAACAAAAGUGAUACGACAAUAUCUUGGGGUAGUCCUGAUAUUGUCUCUAUGUUCAAAAGGGGUAAUUAUAACUUAAAGCUACUCUUCAUUAUACAUAUUUUUCAUAUUGAAUACCUAUAUGAAACCUUCCAGGAGCUAAAACAGGAAAUGUGCACACAUAUACCUAUGGGAUUGACUUACAAGAUUUUAGUGGCAAGAAUGGUUCUAGCUUUAUCUUGUCAGAAUGGGUGUUUAACAAAGUCAAAUUGUUCUUUGAAGAGUCAAAACAUAAUGAAACGAUUCGAAUGAAGUUAAUGAAAAAUAAACUAAUAUUAUUUUUACAUCUUUUAGGUACAGAUGUUUCCGGACAUAUUGAUAAACCAAAAUCAAAGUAAAUCACUAAAUAUUUUAAUUAUUGGUCGGUGACUAAUGAAUAUUUUUUAAAACUAUUUCAUUUAGAGAAUAUUUAGAAAACAUAAUAUCUAUUGAAAAAGGUAUUAAAGAAAUUGAACAGUUAAUAGAAUCAUUCUACAAUGAUAACCGUACUGCAUAUAUUUUUACGUCCGACCAUGGAAUGACAGACUGGGGUAAAAUGUUUGAUUAUAAUUAUUGUUGUGAGAAAACUAUCCUAUUAAAGUUAAUUUUGAUGAUAGGAUCUCAUGGAGAUGGUUCAGAUAGUGAAACUGAAGUGCCUAUAGUUACCUGGGGUGCUGGGUUAUCAUACGCCAAGAAACAUUUGACUUCUUUGCCAGUGAAUAUUAAACAAGCUGAUGUUGCACCACUGAUGGCUACUUUAAUUGGUGUACCUACACCUGUUCAUUCAGUAGUGUGUAUUAAAUUUAAAGUUAAAUAAUUUAUAUUAGUUUUAAUAUUUUAUAAUUCAUUAGGGUGUUGUACCAUUAAAUUUAUUCAAUACUAAUAUUACGGAACAAGUCAAAUACAUUUUGGCCAAUGCUCUUCAAGUUAAUGCUGCUUUUUCAACAGCACGUGAAAAAAUUGAGCAGCAAUCAUUUCGAUUGUUUUAUGUACCUUAUGAACAACUCAGUCCUGAUAUUCAAAAUGAAUAUAUUCAAAAUAUUACAACACUAACAAAAGAAUUAAAAUCCGACGAAUGUGUAAAUUAUGUUAUUUAGUAUGACUUGUUACUACUGAUAAUAAUUAUUACUUUUGUCAUAAAUUAAAUCUUUUAUAGGUAAAAUUGUGUUAUGAAUGGAUACAUUUGAGUUUAAAUGGAAUUGAAUAUUAUAACACAUACUACAAAUUUCCAUUGCUUUUCUGUGUAACAUUUAUUGACCUUGGUUGGAUUACUUUACUGAUAACUGAAACAAGUUCUUUAAAAAGUAUUAAAAGAAUUAACAAGUUUUACAAGUUGUUAAUAAAUGUUUCUUUUUUAAUACUGGCACUAUCUGCAUUUGUUUUUAUUAAUGGUGACUAUUUGUCUAAUUAAUUGAAUAUUAUAAUUAAACUAAUAAAUUGUAGAUAAAUGAAUCUUAUUACAGCACAGUCUCUUCCAUUACAGUUUCAUGUGUAUACAUUAAUGCCAUUAAUACUUUGGCGGAUUUGCAUUACCAGAAUUUUACCACAUUUUAAUUUGUUCAAUAUAAAACAAUUUAUGUUACAUGUUAAAGGAUCAGAAUUGUUGGAAUUAUUAUUCUAUUGCAUUGGAAUUGAACUACUGGUAAUAAAUAUAUUCAUUGUUUUUUCAUACGUUUUUAAAAAAUUCUAAAUCUACAUUGCUUGCUUUAAUAACAGGUAUGGACAUUUUUUGAACGUUGUGUACUAAGUUUUGCUUUAGCAUUAAUGUGCUUAUGGAUGACUUACUUCUCAUUAAAAAAAGGAUUUAUGUAUAAACAAGUUAUAAUAGUAUUUUUCUCUUCUGCAUGGUUUGCUUAUUUUCCAAUGGUAUUGAUUAUUGAUGGCCAUACAAAUAUAAUAAAUGUGUAAAUAAUAUUUAUAGUUAAUACAUCUUUUUUAUGAGUGUUUAAUAUAAAAUGUGUACACUAGAGUAUUAGGUGGAACUGUUUGGCUGGCGGCAGGACUAAUGCAUUGCAAAAAUUUAAAAGGAAUACAUAACAUUACUACAUUUUUACAAGUAGUAUUAUUGGCUAUGGCUAUUAUAAAUGUAACAAUUGUGUCAAAUAGUAUAGACAACAAAGAAGGAUUAUCAUCAAUAAACCAAAUAAUUUCUUGGACAAUUUCAAGUAAUUAAUUAAAUAAUUUGUGAUUUAUGUUAUAUAGUUAUUAAAUUUUAUAAUAUAAUAUUUAUUAUUAUUAAUACUUUAUAGUUUUGUCAAUGUUUUUAAUAAGAAAAUCAUCAAAUCUCUUAUCCAACAUCACAACAGUAUUUUUAUCAAUCAGUACUCCAUUUGUUCAGCUAUCAUUAAACAUGGAAGUUGUAUUUAUGCUUGUGCUUGUAGUAACUUUAGCGUGUUGGAGAAAAAUAGUUACUCAGUCUUCUGAUUCCAGUCAAUCUUUAUGGACUCAAUGGAGACACGCAUUCUUUUUUGUAAGCAAAGUUAAUAUUUAUUAUUUUUUGAAUGUUAUGGUUAAAUAAUUCAAAUAUAAUAAUGGUAAAUUUUUAACUUGGUUAAUAUAUUAAGCUAUUUUUAGGUUACAUAAAUAUAAAAUUAAAAAUAAGAGCUGAUACUUUAGACGUUGUGCCACUGUUGCAGUUUUGAAGGAAGUUAAGAAGAUAGGAUAAUUUAUAUCUAUAAGCAAUGAAAAACCAUUCAGAGUGAAAUUUAAUUGUACAUCAAAAUAUUUACGAUUUUUUCAACAUUUAAUUACACAUUUACAAUGUGAUUAAUUAUUUGUAUUAUGUGCAACACAAACCAUAGCUAGUAUAGCGAUAAAAUACAUCAAUUAUGUAUAAAGAGUGGAAAUGCCAAAAAUAUCAUUAUCUUUAUCAGAACCUUUUACGAUACACAUCUUGAAAAUGUAAUUGUUUUGUUGUAGUCAAUGUUUAUAAUAAUAAUAUUUUUGAAAUGUACAUUUUUGUAUUAAUUCAAUGAAUUCUUUUUGGACUACAUAAAAAUAGGUUAAGUAUGGCUGUAUUAAAGGGUUUGAAGUGGUGAUUUUCUUUCUUUGUCUUACAUACGUGCUACAUAGAAAUUUAGAUGUGGUCUAUUUCCAAUGACCAAGUGACCUUAGUGAAGCAAUCAGAAUUCUAAAAACAGAAUUUGUUGUUAGGUCUACUUAAAAUUGAAUUUUCCUCUUGAUUUUUGAUAUUAAUUUCUCCAAAAAUUAAAAUAUUUUAUUUUUUGAUUACUCUUUUUUCAGGAUUUAUGGGGAUAAAAUUUAAAAAAGUGGAAAAGACGAUUUUAAGUAGAUUUGACUAUAAAUUCAAAUUUGCUUUCAGAAUUCUUAUCGCUUUACUAGACUAAUUAGUACAGUAGAAAUAAAACGAGUCUAAAUUCCUAUGUUGCACGUUUGUAAGAAAAAGACAGAAAAUCAUUACUUCCAAUCUCCUUAAACACAAUUGUUUGAACAUAUAAUUUGAAGUACAUUAUACGUGAUAAAUUAUAAUAACUUUGUUAUUUAUUAUAAGUUUAACUUAGUGAUCAUAAAAAAAGUUUGAGCAUUAGGUAUGUAUACCAAUUUUAAUUGAAUAAUGGUUUAUUAUUAUUUUUUUUUUUAUAUAUAAGUGUAUAAGUUUGUGUGUAUACAUAUUUUAACAUUGACAAAAUCUUAAAAAUUACAGCAUUUCAAAACAUAACCGAACUUUGUGUUUAAUCAUUUUGCUAGUAAUGGUUUAUUAUUAUCAGAUUUAAAUUAAAUAACUAUAUGUAUCUGACAUUUCUAACUUACCACCUACAACAGUAGCACAUCUGUCCCAUAUCAGCUAUUUUUAUUUUAUAUUUAUGUAACCUGAAAAGAUGUCUUAGGCCGAUAGGGCUUAGUAACUACCUAAUUAGUAGUUACCUUAUUAUGUUAUUGUACUUUUAGGCUUUAAAUUAAUCAUUAUACAAUUUUUUAAUAAACUGAAAUGUAUUUAUAGUUGUUGUUUAGCUUUGGUUCUUUUUUCGGCAUUGGAAAUAUUGCAUCUAUUAAUUCAUUUGAUCCAUCAAUUGGAAGGUGUUUUGUCUCAGUGUUUUCUCCAUUCACUAUCAUGGGAUUGGUUCUGUUCAAAAUACUUGUCCCCAUAUUAUUGACUUGUUGUACAUUUUACCUCACCAGUAUUAAAUUGAAGGUUGGUUUUAUUAUUAUUUAAUUCCUUAAUUAUUAAUUAAAUAAUAAAGUAAAAAAAAAUUAUUAAAAUAGUAUGAUUAAUAUAUAAAUAAAAAAUGUAUACAUAAAAAAAAAAAUUAAUGAAUUAAUGAAUCGCCUAGAGUAUUAUGAUAGUACACUUAUCAUAAUUUUCCAGGCAACACAAUUAUUUAUUCCUUAAUUAUUAUUUAAUAUACAUUUUGUUUCAUUUCAGAUACCUACAAGCAAUGUUUUUGCUUUGAUGUUGGCCAUGUCCAACUUGAUGGGACUUCAUUUUCUAUUUCUUAUAAAAAAUACUGGCAGCUGGUUAGAUAUUGGGAUGUCAAUAUCUCAUUAUGUUAUAGUUCAGUCUCUUGCACUAUUUUUAUCGCUGAUGUAUGGACUGGCAGGAUUAUUGAUUGGUACUGAACAAAAUUAUUCAAUAUACCAUUAUACACAAUUGUUACCUGUUACCAGUAAAAAAUCACCUUGA